GAAAAAAAGCUUCAAGUGUUUUCAUUGUGGGCAAAUGCCACAGAGUUCAACGUGGAGCAACAGCAACACCUUCUGGACGAACUGAAGAACAAGAUUGAAGACAAACCGAAGAUCGCGUUUUUGGCUGCACUAGCAGGAAAUGGCCAUAUAACAUCCUCUGACAGAGAGACCAACUUGGCGUUCAGAAAUGUCUUGAUGAACAUUGGCAAUGCCUACAAUUCUGCCUCAGGUGUCUUCAGCGCACCAGUGAGAGGAGUCUACUACUUCAGCUUCUCGUCAUUUGGGUUCAAUGGGCGCAACGUCUGCGUAAGUCUGUUCAAGAAUAGUGCGCGGAUGUUGUCUGCAUGUGAUCAUCAUUCAGCGGCCGACAGCUCUGACAGUGCAGGCAAUGGAGGGACACUGCAUUUAGAACAAGAGGCUCAAGUGUACAUGACCCUGCAUGCACGUUCUCACAUAUUUGCGGACGACCAAAACCGCAGCACAUUUAGAGGGUUCCUGCUUUUUAGGACAUGAGGAUAUAUGACUCUUGAGGAAUGCUGUUUAAUGUUUUAAUAAAUAUGAGAGACUAUAAAAUGAUUCCCUAAUAUAUGGCUAUGAAAUGUGUAAAAUAAAACAUGUGAAAUUA